AUAACCAAUCAAAACACUUUAUUAGUAAAACACACAAGUAAUACAUAAUUAAAGAGAGCAUCAAACCAUGGCUAGAGCUAUGACUAGCAAGAGAAUGAGAGUACUCCAAACCCUCUCGAUUUCGAUCGCUCUCUUCGCGAUCCUCCUCCACGCGCCCUCGGUCCGGGGGCAGGACGCCUCGGCGUGCGAGGCAGCCGCUAGUGGAGGAUGUUACGACAAGGAGAAGUCCUUAAAGCUAAAAGUCAUAGGAAUAUUUACCAUAUUAGUAGCUAGCAUGAUAGGAAUAGGUUUACCCUUGUUUUCAACUGCUUUUCCUGCUUUACACCCGGAUCGAAACGCCGCCGUUAUAGUAAAAAUCCUAGCCGCAGGGGUAAUUUUGUCCACGGGGUUCAUGCACGUGCUCCCGGAUUCUUGGAACAAUUUAACCUCACCAUGUUUGCCUGAGAAUCCUUGGAGGAUUUACCCUUGGUCAACUUUUAUUGCUAUGGUUACGACGGUGUUGACCAUGAUGAUGGACACGGUUGCCACCGCGUACUUUAAGAAGAAGGGGUUGAAGAGAAUGCACGCCCAUUGCGGUGGUGGUGGUGGUGGUGGUGGUAACAAUGAUACAGGUGGUGGUGUCAUUGGUGGCGGUGUUGGGGCUAUACAUGAUAUGCAGAGUCCUAGAGAAAGUGAUAUGGAAAUGGUGGAUCAAAGUCAUAAUAAUAGCAACAAAGAUGAACUAGGUGUGGCUAAACAUGAAAAGGAGACUCAACUCUUGAGAUAUCGAAUAGUGGCUCAGGUAUUGGAGUUGGGAAUAGUAGUGCACUCGGUAGUGAUAGGGUUGUCAAUGGGUGUUUCUAACAAUCCAUGUACAAUAAGACCACUUGUUGCUGCCAUGUGCUUCCAUCAGCUUUUUGAAGGCAUGGGUCUUGGCGGUUGCAUCUUACAGGCCGAUUAUGGGUACAAGAUGAAGGCAACAAUGGUAGCCUUCUUUUCAGUAACAACACCAUUUGGGAUAGCUCUUGGGAUUGGAAUGCUAAGUUUCUAUAAUGAGAAUAGCCCAUCUGCUUUAAUUGUUGUUGGAGUGCUAAAUGCUACUUCAUCUGGCCUACUAAUUUACAUGGCUUUAGUGGACUUAUUAGCAUGUGAUUUUAUGGGACCUAAACUUCAAGGAAAUAUCAAGCUUCAAUUGGUUUGCUAUUUUGCUUGUUUCAUAGGCAUGGGAAUCAUGUCACUCAUGGCCAAAUGGGCAUAAUCCACAACAUAAGGAAAAUGCUACUUCGAUCCCCAAAAAUUUGUUAUCUAGCUGGUACAUUAAAUAUAUGGUUAUCUAGUGAGUAACAUACUUACUGUGUAACUUAACUUGAGUAUUUUCAAGAUGCAAGCAUCUACAUUAGCAAGCAGCAGGGGUGUAAAACGUUUUUUUUGGGGGAAGUGCGAGCAAAAUAAUUAUAUAUUCCUAA